AUGGAGGCUCUAGAAAGAAGAGGAAAAUUAUUGGCAUACGCGGCAGUAAUGUUUAUCGUGUUUUGGUCGCAAUGUAAAGGAGUGGAAGGGCACAGGAAUUCCACUAAGAUGUCCUACGUGUGCCCGCCGCAGUUCGUCCGUCUCGGACACAGCUGCUACUUCUUCAGUGACAACAAGGCUACAUGGCAAAACGCCUUGUUCUCCUGCAAAGAUCGAGACAGCAAUUUGUCGGUGCCAGCCCGAUGGGAGGACAGGAAUCUCCGCAACUACCUCAACAAACACGACGUUGAGAAAGCGAGCCGUUGGAUUGGCGGCAUCUACGAUUACAGUGCUCGAGCGUGGAAGUGGGGCGGGGAGUUGCGUCAGAUGCACUAUCAGUCGUUCUCCAAGAUGAAGAAGCUGGCCCCGGAGGAGCUCAAGUGGAACUGUAUCGCCAUGAUGCCGGAACUACUUUACAGAUGGGCACCGCGAAGCUGCGUCGAAGCAAGGCAAUACAUUUGCCAAACGAAACUCCGCAAGGUGCCGAAGUCGAAGCUUAAAGAUCUCCGGCGACGCUGGCAACGAAUGGGCAAGAUCAAUGAGAUAACAGCACCCAGCGUCAGCAGGGAGGUCAACGACCCCAUGUCCAACGACGUCACGAGCAACCCUGUACUCAACCCGAAAUCCUUCGACCUCCGGCCCAACCCACUAAGAGUUGGACCGAAGGGGCACGACCGUAGACCAAACCCGAUCCGAAAUAACCCGAAAAUGUACAACCUAAGACCAAAUGAGUUAAGAAAGAGAUCUAGACCAAAUGCGCAUAGACGGCUUACGAGACCAUUCCCUGGUUACAAAUGGAACCGUCACGACCCGGAAGCGUCAUUCCGUUACAACGCGGAGCUCCUCCGUUCCGGACGCACAGGCCUCAGUCCUCAGCAGAUCAAGGGUCACCUGGCCCGUCUCCAGCAUCUACGAGACAAGCAAAUUUUACGCCGCAAACGCCUGCGCGACAGAGAGGACUGGCUGGUUAAUGACGCUCGACCAGCACUGACCCACACCCAUGUCAGGACGUACACAGUGGACAACAACAUAAGCGCGCUCCACCCAAAAACGAUUGUUGAAGAGUUCGACAUGAUGCCGCCACCCCCUCCUAUGGCUCUCCCCCGUCCCGCUCGCGGCGCUGGUUAA